UGAGUGUGUAUCCCUCUCUUCCACGGGGCUCCUUUGCCUAGGACGCCUGGAGCUGGCUCAGGCACAGCUCUCUCAGCUUCAGUAUUGUAUCUGUCUAGGUCCACUGGUCACAAUCCUCACAGACACCAGGUCCCUGGGUGCCUGCCUCACCUCUGUCCUCAAUCUGGAAAGCAGGAGGAUGUGUGUGCCUUGGUGUCUCUUCCACUUCUGGCUUGUAGCCAGCUGCGUGAACAGCCAGCAUGAGAGGCACGUGGUUCAGGUUGCUGGGUGUGGCUUCUGCCAGUCUCAUCACAGACAGAAAGAAGAACUCAGAGUCACCCCUGGGGAAAGAAUUCUAAAGAUGAGAUGUAAAUUCCUGGGUGGUUUCUUUCUGCUCUUCAGCCUUUCCGGCAAAGGGGCAGACUGCAGAGACAAUGGGAUCAUCUGGGGUGUCUUGGGUCAUGGUGUCACCCUGAACAUCCCUAACUUUGAAAUGAAUGAUUAUAUUGAUGAGGUGCGAUGGGAAAGGGGGAGUACCCUGGUUGCAGAGUUUAAAAGGAAGGAGACGCCUGUUUUUAAAUCAGAAGUAUUUGAAGUCUUAACAAACGGAUCCCUGAAGAUAAAGAAGCCGAUGAUGAGAAAUGACAGUGACACCUAUAAGGUAGUGGUGUAUUUCACAAAUGGGACGGUUAAGCUGGAAAAGUCCCUGGACUUGAGGAUUCUGGAGAUGGUCUCAAAGCCAGUGAUCUCUUGGGAGUGCCCCAAUACAACCCUGACCUGUGAGGUCUCGGAAGGGACAGAUUUCGAACUAAAGCUGUAUCAAGGAAAGAAACUUCUCAAAAGCCUCCACCAGAAGAGCAUGAGUUACCAGUGGACCAACCUGAGAGCACCAUUCAAGUGUGAGGUGAUGAAUGGGGUCAGCAAGGAAUCUAAGACAGAAGUUGUCAACUGUUCAGAGAAAGGUCUGCCCCUCUAUGUCAUAAUUGGGGCCGGUGCAGGAGGACUCCUUUUGGUGCUCUUUGGGGCGUUGUUUAUUUUCUGUAUCUGCAAGAGGAAAAAAUUGAACCGGAGGAGAAAAGAUGAAGAGCUGGAGAUAAAAGCUUCCAGACCGAGCACUGUGGAAAGAGGCCCCAAGCCACACUCAACCCCAGCCGCAGCAGCACAGAUUCCAGCGGCGUCCCAAGCUCCCCCUCCACCUGGCCAUCGUCCCUUGCCUCCAAGCCACCGUACCCGUGAGCACCAGCAGAGGAAGAGACCCCCUCCGUCAGGCACACAGGUUCACCAGCAGAAAGGCCCUCCUUUGCCCAGACCCCGAGUUCAGCCAAAGCCCCCCUGUGUGAGUGGAGAUGUUUCAUUGCCACCCCCUAAUUAAAAAGGCAGGAUCUGUCAUUUCCAAUAA